GUCUGGGUGAGAAGUUUGCCUCUUCCAAAAUCCAAAAUAGAAGAAGUAGCUGCUGAGGUUUGCUUUCACCACUGGCUGCGUCUGCUACUCCAUUAUACUUGAGUAACGAAGUGGAGGGGACGAAUCAUAGAGAGGAGAUCAAGGAUUCUGUUAGCAGGGGCCGACCAUGACUGACUAUGCCCAAGAGCAGGAGAUGGAACUUGAAGCAUUGCAAGCUAUACUUAUGGAUGACUUCAAAGAAAUUCCCUCUCAUGAGAGUGGCCUCAGUACAUCAAAUCGUUGCUUCCAAAUUAUUCUAUCUCCCCAGGAUGAGGAUGAUGCAGAUGAAUCAACAACCACUCCAGUUCAAUUGGCUCUAAUUUUCUCACAUACUGAAAAAUAUCCAGACGAACCACCAUAUCUGAAUGUAAAAAGUAUACGAGGGAUACAAUCAGAGGAUCUUAAAAUUUUAAAAGCAAAGCUUGAGCAAGAGGCAUCUGAGAAUCUUGGUAUGGCUAUGGUCUACACACUUGUUACAUUGGCUAAAGAUUGGUUGAGUGAAAGCUAUGGUCAAAAUGCUGGGGUUUCAGACACCGAAGAUGAAGAUACAGCUAAAGAUGACAUAGUUAUACCACAUGGAGAACCAGUUACCGUUGAGACUUUUCUUGCAUGGAGAGAACGAUUUGAAGCAGAGUUGGCCCUAGAACGAGCCAAGUUGAUGCCGGAGUCUGCACUUGCAACACCUAAGGAGAAGAAGCUCACAGGGCGACAGUGGUUUGAAAGCGGCAGAGCUUCCGCGAAAGGUGCUAUGCCAGUCACUGAAGAGGGUGAAGAAGACGACGAGGAAGAUAUUGACUUUGAUGAUGAGGAUUUUGAAGAUGAUGAUGAUAUGCUUGAGCACUAUUUGGCAGAGAAGUCAGACUCAUCAACCCAUUCUUCAAGGAGAGGCAACUGAAAUGUUUGGCAAACUGAUCGCUUAUCCCCUGCGCAGGGCAGGGGAUGGGCGUAAAUAUAGCUGAGGGAGAUCGGGCUGAAGAAUAAGCAAUGUGUUAGAAACAUUCAGAUUUUGGUUAACCAUAUUGUGCAACGGGACUUAUUAUCUGGUAUUUAUGUGGGGUGGGUAGACACAAUGUUAUGAAGUUCUAUCAUUUCCCAUUGAGGGAAGAACCAGAUAUUCUUACAUUAGACUGAAAUUUCUACUUUGCUCUAAGCUCUAUUAGUUUCAAUGGAAAAUAUUUCCUGGAAAA